GAAUUUAUAAUGUCGUAUACCAGUGUGGAUCGGCUAAGUCGUGUUGUGCCUGCGUACAUAUGGUUCUUGCUGUACCGCAUGGUCGACGCGCUGUUGAUAAGCACUUACAGCAGUGCUGAUGAGUAUUGGCAGUCCAUAGAGGUUUCCCAUUACCUCGUCUUUGGCAAGGGUUAUCUUACUUGGGAAUGGCGUCCUGAGGUGGCCUUAAGAUCCUCUUUGAUGCCGCUCCUGUACGUGCCUUACUAUGGCCUGUUGAGGGUCAUGGGACUGGACACUCGUUGGACGAUAGCCUAUGGCCCUAGGGUAUUCGUACAGGCCCCCUUAGUAGCAUUAGCUGACCUUGGAUUUACUCGGGUCUCCUCAGUACUACUAGAACCGGCCCUAGCUCGGACGGCUGUGGCCCUGUGGUUGAGUAACUGGUUCAUAUUGUCGAUGGUCACGAGGACCUUUGCCAACAGCGUUGAGACAGCCCUCUACUGUAUUAUAGUGUACGCCCUUCUUCAGUGGACCAUACGGCCUGGGAGGUAUUAUUACCUCCUCGUCUCCACGGUACUGUCAGCAGCGUCAGUGCUUAUACGCCCUACUAGUGCUACCUCCUUAGCGCCCCUCUUAGCAUACAACUGCUUGUAUGUACUGUCCCACACUAGGCAGUGGUGGCUGCUACCCGUGUGUGUUGUCGUUGGCCUUGGGACUAUGGUCGUCAUUGGGCACCUCGACAGUCUAUUGCUCUAUGGUGGCAGCAUACGAGGAGCAUUCACAUGGUUAAACUUUGCCGAAUUCAAUUUCAUCAACGACUUUGGGAAGCUGUAUGGUGACGACCACUCCUGGCUGUGGUACUUCAUCAUUGGCAUCCCAUUGCUACUACUGAACCAUAUAGUACCUUUCUUACAGUCGCUAUGGAAGGGUACUUACCACCUCCGUAGUGGGAAUAAGCACUUCACUGUGUCCUUGCUCAUCUCCUGCUUGGUCUCACUCCUCGUACUCUCCUUGGCUACUCAUAAGGAGCUACGGUUUAUCAUGCCGAUGGUACCAGUACUGUGUCUAGUGCUAGCCCCGGCGGUUGGGCCCAUCAGGGGUGGUAUGCGAGGUGUAGUGUGGAAAGUAUGGCCGCAUUUGUUAGUGGCACUUGUCGCGAUGAGAUGGCAUCAGUAUGGUCCUGAUAGGGUCAUGUCGUCGCUCUCUAGAGGGGCCACCCCAGGGGAUAGUGUAAGGUUCCUAACGCCUUGCCACGCGACGCCGUUCACAACGCAUGUACAUGGUACUGGAAUAGUGGCGAUGGAUAUACUCGACUGUUCGCCGCCAUUAAAAGAGCUGGCUGCCGGGAUUGAACCUGGGUUGAAUGAGCGUGAUGCCUUCUUUGCGGAUCCUCAGGCUUAUGUAGAGAGCAAGACGAAGGGCUAUGACUGGUUGGUGGUGUGGGGUGGCGCUGUUCGUCGGGAGGACAAUGGGCUGGCCAAAUGGUUGAAGGACUAUGGAAGAUAUGAUUUGGUGGAGAGCAUAGGUGAUGGGCUACUCAAUGAUGGGCCCUAUGGCUUCGAGAUGUGGCCGACAUUUGACUUAUAUCAUCAUCAUCAGUAGUAGUGGAGAGAUUCUUGUUGUGUACUUACCUGGCGUAUGUGUAUGGUGAAGAGCAGUGUGAUGUGAGUAUAGUAUUUGACGCCUUAGUAUGCUACCUCCACUGAGCCUGCUGCCUAGGUUGGUAAUGGGUACUGUGCUGAGCUAUGGUGUGAUGGUGCUGGAAGCCUUGGUUGAGAAGCCCACCGGGUCAUCAAGCUGAUGUUUACCGUGGCCUCAUACUGCAGGUUGGGUAGAGAGUGUUUGGUACUGGAUCUGGCUGACCACAACGCUAUGGACGAGCCGCCCCUGGCUGAUAUCAUUGCUAUAACGGACAGCUUUGUCUCUUCUGCCUGUGUUCAUCCUCGCCUCCUCCUAGGUGUCAUUAAGUGAGGAGGAGCAUUGUUUGAAACUGGGGUGCGAGCGGGCACGGGAAGACGGUGGCGCUUCUCAUCCCGGUUCCUGCGUGUUUACAAUGCCAGCGUGUAAGCUG